AAGACCAUCUUUCCAUCUGUCAUAUUUUAAUUUGUAAAUUCAAUUAUCAUCAACAUCUAUCUAAAAUAAAACAUUAUCGUAUAGAUAAUAUCAUCUAGUACUAAUCGCCAGCCUUGGACUGUUAUUGCUCAUGUUAGCAUCAUUGUUCUAAAGGUCGUCAAGAUCAGGUCAAGAGAUGUCCAAAGAAAAGGAAGAAGUUAAGAAUGGUGUCGCUUCUGCGGAGCAGAACGGAGAGAAACGCAUUGGCUGUGCACAUUAUAAACGAAGAGCCAAGUUCGUGACACCAUGCUGCAACAAGUUCUACAUGUGUCGUUAUUGCCAUGAUGAAAACGAAGAACACUACUUCAACCGCAAGUCGGUGACGGAACUGAUCUGCACCGAAUGUGAUACUCGGCAGAAAGUACAAGCUGUCUGUGAGAAUUGUGGAGUCACAUUUGGCAAGUACACAUGUUUAAUUUGCAACUUGUUCGAUGAUGAAGACAAAAAACAAUACCACUGCGAUGGCUGCGGCAUAUGUCGUGUGGGCGGUCGUGAUAGGUUCUUCCACUGUGAGCGGUGCAACAUGUGUCUGCCAGUGCAGUUGCAACGUGUCGGACAUAGGUGCGUGGAGAAUGUAUCCCGCUCUAACUGUCCGGUGUGCCUUGAGGACAUCCACACAUCUCGCAUCCCGUGCCAUAUCCCGGACUGUGGGCACCUACUGCACCGGCCGUGCUUCGAGCAGCUGCUGCAUUCCGGCCACUACGCGUGCCCAACGUGUCAAACCAGUAUGAUUGAUAUGGCUAAUUUAUGGAGUUAUUUAGACUCAGAGGUGGCUGCGACGCCGAUGCCAGCCGAGUACGCGGACUACAAAGCUACUAUACUGUGCAAAGACUGCCAUAAGCUGUCUACAGUCAAGUUUCACGUAGUAGGAUUGAAGUGUCAGCAUUGUGGAGCGUAUAACACUUGCCAAACUAACGGCUUCCAAAAGGAAUCCAGCAGUGCGGAAGUCGGUGACUCAUCGAGCUCGACGUCGACAUCGACCAGUCGGAGCGGCUCCUCGUCCGUCGCCUUCGAAACCCGCGAGGAAAGAAACGACGAUCUCCCACAAGCCAACCCCUUGGAUGAACCACCUCAAGCUUGACAUCUCAUGUGAGAGUCACAAGCACCCUGGGAUCCUUCGCAGCGGGAGGUUUAAAAAUAUGCUUAAUUCUUAUAGUGUUAAAAAUUAGUUUUGUAUUGAAAGGAUUGAGGAAUAAUAAGCCAGUCAGUUUAUCACACUUCUAAAUAGAUGUUGAACGAAGAUGAUGGGAUAAUGAAUUUCAACAAAUAUGACUGAAAGUUAGUCAGUCUUAGUCUGUUCUAAGGUAUUAAAAGUUGUAUAUGGCAAAUGUUUGCCAAUUAGACUAUAC